AGCUGCCAGUUCGCUGCUGAAUGCCGUUCGACGUGGACCGUCGCGAACGUCGUCGUCGUCAUCGUCACCGUCACCGCCGUGUCGUGUAGCCAAAGUCACCGCUGUGGCUGUCGGUUCAGUUCUUUUGAGUUGGUCUCGGUUUUUUCGUUUCUCUCGGCUACCACCCCUUUUGGGUUACGACAUCGCCACCAGGAAAAAUAAUCGUGCGUUACUGUUGUGCCUGCAAAUCCCAUCUGCUGCUGCUGUUGAAUUACGAUCCAUUUGACUGGUUUUGUUGAUUGUUGCCACCGAAUUUCCCUUUCCGGCUAGCACCGAAACGAUACGAUCAGGCAUAAUAGUUGCGAUGGUAAAACGAUUGUGCAUUAGUUUUUCGGUGUAAACAAACAGAAAAACAGCAAAACUGUGUUACCAGACAAAAUGAGUUCAAGUGCGUACGCGGCUGCCACGCAUUCCCUUUAGCAAGCUAAACUAAACCGGCUUAGCGGAGAACCGGGCGAAGGAACAACGAAACGAAAACAAGUGAGCAAAUUUUAAAUACCCGCAUAGUAAGAUACCGGUGUGUGUUUCAGGGCAAUUAACGUAAUUAUGCGAUUAUCGUGUGAAGUUCGGUGCAUAGUAACGCAGCACUAGAUACUAUAACCUGUGGCUGUCGAGCUCGUUUCGGCGAACCCUGAAGUGUUACUGGUGUUGGUCAAGGUUCGCUUCAAGUCGGAGGCGACGAUUCGGCUGGUUAUGGUUGGAUUUGAUACGUGACGUUGAUGACUAUGAUGCUGAUGAUGCUAAACCGGGGGGGAUUGCCUACCGGGUCAGGAAAUGAUCAAAAUUCCUUUCAACCGCUACAUCGCCAAUAGCGGACAGCAGAACGAAACCGGAUUGUAAAUUGUGUAAUAAGUCAUUACAGAAGCAUCAGCAAUACCCAGGGUUCAGGGCUGUAAUUGCGAAGGAUUUUCAUUCGUCUGCGGGCACUUCUGAUGGAAGGGUGUUUGGUGCCACGGUCCGUUCCACCUUUUGAACACUGGCUGUGGGUGCCACCGAUCAAGUCACGGCCAGCCGAACAAGAAGAGUUGAGGAUGUUGUGAUUUAACCAUCGAUUCCAAGUGAAACUACGUGUGUGCGUGUGUCUCUUGGAGGGGUCAAGUUUUGAAAGAAUAUAUUCAGCCCAGAACGGCAGCGAUAGCCGAGAACAGUUUCAUUGAAAAGUGUGAUAGAAAUGAAGAGGAAGAAAACCAUUUCCGUUGCCAAAGUGCAUUGCUGCAGUAGCACAGUGCGCGUCUAGCUCGUAAGUGUCGAUUCCAAUGUUUCAAGGCGAAGAAUUAAAUGGAGCCUGGUGCUUCAGGAGUGAGAAAAAUUAGUUCCACCGCAAAGUCGCAUGACAAAUACCAAUUAGAGAAGUGUUUUUUGUUUUUACUAUUUUAAUUAUGAUAAUGAAGUGUAUCAUUGAAGCGAAAGCUCCACCAUAGGGAACGGUACCCUUAGAAAGUGUCUUUUUAAAUGUUCAUAUGUGCCUUAAGAAAUCUGCGAUUGAAUAGCAGUUGUUUUUAAAAAAGAAGUUUCAGUUUUAUUCCUAGUGCAGUAGUUAGUGUUAAAGUGCUUGAAGUUAUCUUUAAAAAAAUUGGGGCCAAAUUUCAUCUUCACCGUUAGCGAAUAAGUAACCAAAUAAAUAUUCAACGACAAACCAAAAAGAAGUUGCAGCCGGCAAACGCUACCAUUCAUCAAUACCAAAGGAUACAUCACCUACCGAUGAAGAAAAAACCUCUGCUAUAGUGAAACCGCUGUGAUCUGUGUCAAGUAUUGCUCCUUCGGAACAUGACCAAUAUGGGCAAAAACAAUAAAACAGCGGAUACUAAACAACAAAAUGAACGUAGAAUACGAGCCAACGAUAGAGAGUAUAACACACAGUUUAAAUAUGCGAACAACUACAUCAAAACGUCCAAAUAUAGCAUUUUAACUUUUCUGCCUUUGAACCUGCUGGAGCAGUUCCAACGUCUUGCCAAUUUUUAUUUUUUAUGCCUGCUGAUCCUGCAACUCAUACCGGCCAUCUCGUCGCUAACACCGGUCACGACGGCCAUCCCCCUGAUCGGUGUACUGAUGCUGACAGCCAUCAAGGAUGCGUACGAUGACUUUCAACGGCACAUGUCCGACUCGCAGGUCAACAAUCGCCGCUCCAAAACACUGCGGCACGGAAAGCUGGUGGACGAACGGUGGUCCGGCGUACAAGUCGGCGAUAUCAUCCGCAUGGAUAACGAUCAGUUUGUCGCGGCGGAUAUCCUGCUGCUAUCGUCGAGCGAACCGAACGGGCUCUGCUUUAUCGAAACGGCCGAGCUGGACGGAGAGACAAAUCUCAAGUGCAAACAGUGCCUCAUGGAGACGGCCGUCAUGGGCAACCAGGAGGACCUGCUGUGGAAGUUCAACGGGGAGAUUGUGUGCGAACCACCGAACAACCUGCUGAACAAGUUCGAGGGCAUCCUGAGCUGGAAGAACCAACGGUAUCCGCUGGACAACGACAAGAUCCUGCUGCGGGGUUGCAUCAUCCGCAAUACCCAGUGGUGCUACGGGGUGGUGAUCUUCGCCGGCAAGGACACCAAGCUGAUGCAGAACUCGGGCAAAACCGUGUUCAAGCGGACCACCAUUGAUAGGCUAUUAAAUUUUAUAAUCAUAGGGAUAGUAUUUUUUCUGUUAUCCAUCUGUGGAUUCUGUACGAUAGCGUCCGCAAUAUGGGAAGCGAUAGUAGGUUACAAAUUUCAAAUUUAUCUGCCAUGGGAAAACAUAAUUCCAAAGGAUUACCUGCAGGGUGCAACUAUCAUUGGAUGUCUAGUCUUUUUUUCCUAUGCAAUUGUACUGAAUACAGUGGUGCCAAUUUCUUUAUACGUUUCGGUGGAGGUGAUACGAUUCGCGCAGUCCUUCCUGAUCAACUGGGAUGAGAAAAUGUACUACGAUAAGACGAAAACGCACGCUAAAGCGCGGACAACGACUCUGAACGAAGAGCUGGGCCAAAUCCAGUACAUUUUUUCGGACAAAACAGGAACGCUGACGCAGAACAUUAUGACGUUCAACAAGUGCAGCAUUGCGGGCCGUGCGUACGGGGAUGUAAUCGAUCUGAGGACCGGCGAAACCGUCGAAGUGUCCGAGCCUUCAUUCGAGAACAGUAACACAUCCAUUUUACUAAACGCUGAAAAGUCAUCCGGUCGCAGCACACCUCAACCAUUCAACCUGUCCUCCACUGGUAGUACAGCAACGCUCAAAGUUACAUCGAACUGCAACUACCACCAGCUACCAACCGAACAACAACAGCAGCCACUCCAACAACAGAAACAGAAUUUCGUUAAUUUUACACUGGACAGUAACAGCCACAGGGCAGACUCCACCACCCCCAGAAAACCCCACUCUUCACUUCACGUUAGAUUCAGUCAGCACAACAGUAGUCAAGAAACAAAAAUAUCGCCCAAAAGUACAGCUACUGUGGUGAACAUAUCCAACAGCGUUAGUCAGUAUAGUCCUGCCAAUGCAAAAUUAUCGAUCAGAAACACCGCUACCACCGCAGCCGCCCAGGGGGAUAUAGCUGAUAACGCUACAACGACCUCUACAACAACGACGAUCUCGACGACCACUGAGCCACCACCCAGUGGGUGCAACACCGAUGCGCAGGGAGUGCAUGUCACCGAGCCAGUGGACUUCUCCUUCAACCCGGAGUACGAAACGGAUUUUCGGUGGUACGAUCAGGGACUGCUGGAUGCGGUACGAGCGGAGGAGGAGCACGCGCAUAGCUUCUUUCGGCUGUUGGCCCUUUGCCAUACCGUGAUGCCGGAGGAGAAAAAUGGAAGAUUAGAGUAUCAAGCACAAAGUCCAGACGAAUCGGCACUCGUUUCGGCUGCCAGAAAUUUUGGUUUCGUAUUUCGAUCCAGAGCACCUAAUAGUAUAACAAUCGAAGUGAUGGGAAAAACAGAGGAGUAUGAACUGUUGAGUAUUCUAGAUUUUAAUAACGUUAGAAAGCGAAUGUCGGUCAUAUUACGGCGAAACAAUAACAUAAUAUUGUAUUGUAAGGGAGCCGACAGUGUGAUAUACGAUAGGUUAGGAAACAAUCAGCAAAACCUGAAAGCGAGAACGCAGGAGCAUUUAAACAAAUUUGCCGGCGAGGGACUUCGCACUCUGGUGCUGGCCGAACGACGACUGACAAAGGAGUUCUUCGAUUCCUGGCUCCUGCGGCAACGGGAGGCCGCCCUGUCACUGGACGGCCGAGAGGACAAGUUGGGUGCAAUCUACGACGAAAUCGAAUGCGAAAUGCAACUGAUCGGGGUGACGGCCAUUGAGGACAAGCUGCAGGACGGCGUACCGCAGACGAUCGCGAAUCUGCAAAUGGCCGGCAUCAAAAUCUGGGUUUUGACGGGGGACAAGCAGGAAACUGCCAUUAACAUUGGCUACUCCUGCCAACUGCUUACGGAUGAUAUGGUAGACGUGUUUGUAAUCGACGGACUAACGAAGGCGGAAGUCGAGCAGCAGCUGCGAAAAUACAUGGAGUCACUCCGCAUCGUAAACACCUAUCAUCCAACUUCGCUGCCAAAGCCUUCACUCAACCAAAGCAGCGGUGCCACGGCCAACGGGGGCAACAGCGGCAGUUCCGGACCGAUGAUCGAAAUCCAGAACUCGUCGCCACCGUCGGUGUCGGUGGUAACUUUUAGGUGGGAUAAUAGACAUAAAUAUACAAGUAUAGGAGGAAGCGAGGAGGCGUCCGACAGCGUUAACUGUAGCAACUACUCGGACACGGUGGGGAAGCCCGAUACGUCACUGACCGAGCUGGAAGAGGGUUCCGGCGUUGCGCUAGUCAUCAAUGGCCACUCGCUGGAGCACUGUCUGACCAGCGAGCUGGAAUCGAAGUUCCUAGAGAUUGCCUCGCACUGCAGGGCCGUCAUUUGCUGUCGUGUGACCCCACUACAGAAAGCCAUGGUGGUCGAACUGAUCAAGCGGGCGAAAAAUGCCGUCACCCUCGCCAUCGGCGAUGGGGCCAAUGAUGUUUCGAUGAUCAAAGCGGCUCACAUAGGAGUCGGUAUUUCCGGCCAGGAAGGAAUGCAAGCCGUGCUUGCCAGCGAUUACUCGAUAGCUCAGUUCAAGUUCCUGGAAAGAUUGCUGCUGGUGCACGGGAGGUGGUCCUACUAUCGGAUGUGCAAAUUUCUGCGCUAUUUUUUCUACAAAAACUUUGCCUUUACGUUGUGCCAUUUUUGGUAUGCAUUUUUCUGUGGCUUCAGCGCUCAAACCGUGUUCGAUCCGAUGUUCAUAUCCGUAUACAACCUGUUUUACACGUCGUUGCCGGUGCUGGCGUUAGGAAUUUUCGAACAGGACGUGUCGGAUAAAAACAGCGUAGAAUAUCCGAAACUAUACACACCGGGGAUCACCAAUGCCUUAUUCAACACGACCGAGUUCAUCCGCAGUGUACUGCAUGGGAUCUUUAGCUCAUUGAUACUGUUUUUGAUACCGUACGGCACCUAUAAGGAUGGCAUUUCGCCCGAUGGUUAUGUACUUAAUGACCACAUGCUUCUUGGAUCCGUUGUAGCUACGAUCUUGAUUCUGGACAACACUGCCCAGAUCGCAUUGGACACAUCGUACUGGACCGUGUUCAAUCACAUCAUGAUCUGGGGAAGUCUGCUGUGGUACCUAUUCCUGGAUUAUUUUUACAACUACGUAAUCGGCGGUCCGUACGUAGGAUCACUGACGCAAGCCAUGAAGGAGGCAACCUUUUGGUUUACCACAGUGUUAACGGUCAUCGUACUUAUGGUUCCAGUGUUGGCCUCGCGCUUCUACUUCGUCGAUGUGUUCCCUAGCCUCUCGGAUAAGAUCCGUGUCAAACAGCGACAGGCGCUGCUGCGAUCCAGACAAAGCAACGAUGUCCUUCGUACUCCCUCGGCCAGACGUGCGAGACGAUCGCUCCGAUCUGGUUACGCGUUUGCGCAUCAGGAGGGCUUCGGUCGGCUUAUCACAUCCGGUAAGAUUAUGCGUAAGUUACCGCAGGACUUUGCCUUCCCACUGGGGCUGGGCAGCAAGAAGCAACAGCAACAGCAAUCGAUUGCAGCCCUCAACGAAGGGGUCGUGACUAGUAAAACGAAUCAAACGCUUGGAUCCAACAAUGCCAAUAACAACACUAGCAGUAACAAUAACAACACGAACAACGCAAACAGUACCGCAGUUAUCAGUGGCAAUGGAACGCUCAACGGCAGCCAGGUUACCAAUCUGCCCGGAAGCUCCAACAGUGAUUACAGCCCUCGGGCACCCUACCAGGAUUUGGAUACAAUUAAUCUGUAGUCGUUCUCACGAACCCUAAGCAUACCUGUGUAUUUGUAGAACCGUAUGUGAUUUUUGACUAAAGUUACCUGCUUGAGUUAGGACAAGAUCUUAGUUGAUUAUUAUAGGAUUGGUAGAGAAACAGUGCAGUUCCUGAAUUGAAUCAAUUCUGGAAGCAAUCAUCCAAUAGAAACACCGUUGAAUAUUUUCUUGAAUACGUUUGAUUUUUGAUGUGCAGGAAACUGGGUGUAUUUGGUCGAAUUUUCCGAAGUAACAGACGGUCACUAGUCAGGCUCAAGGAUUGGUAUGCGAUCGGGAAAUGGAGCGUGCACGGGCUGCUUAGGGGUAUGGCUAAAAUGGCAGAAAUAUUUUUUCGGGCUCAAUCAGUGAUGAGCAUCAGUAACUAAAUAUUCAACGUCGGUUAUCGCUAAAAUUGUUUUUCAAUAUUUCAAAAUCGGUCUUUAUAACGAUUAAGGAGAAAUUCCAGCGUCGCUCGAAACUGAACACAGUUACACCAAAAACCUACGAAAAGUAUGUAAAAUGUCGCAAAACGAUGUUCAUGCUUGAGGGCUUCGCAGUAAUUUAAAGUGUUUUUGAGGUCAAAUUUUUAGCGAUGCCAACGCUUCGUUAGUCGGUGAAAUUAGCGUCGCUUAUUAGGGAUUCACACUAGUUUGAUUAGCUUCAUCCCAAACAGACCUGCCCUCUUAUACAAAAUCCGAUCUUGCAGCCAAAAACCAAUCAAUGAACCUACAGAAAAAGAGAGAGAUUGCAUUUGGAACAACCCUUCCGUAACACAACGUAAAACACGGACCACAAAGUCCAUAAGCUCGUACCACUGUUGUCACGUCAUAUCGCUUCAUUGAGAGAAUUUAACAUAUAUGUAUAGUAGUUAUAUCCUUGUAUCGAUAGUAUAUUGUUAAAGCAACACACAAUUUUAAACAAAAAGUGACUUAAUUUCAAAGCUACACACUCAAAAUAAAACAGAAUGUUUAUUUUUGAAAAAUUCUUCAAUCCGAAUGAUAUUGACAACGCGCCCGCGUAUUUGUGUGUAACAGCCAAGACAAGGAAAAAAAACAAACAAACUAAGCAAGCAUACUGAUAGCAUACAUACAUUUAUACCAACACUAUGUUAACCUAGCGACUAAGUAAAACUUUGCCUUCAUUCUCUGCGAGUCUCUCUGAACCAAAAAAAGCGAACGGAAAACAAACUAACUAACAUGAAAAAGUAACAAUAAUAGUUUACAAUAAAUUAUAUUCUCUUACUGUAGUGCAUAGCAAGCGGAAUACUACCAUCCAGAGCACUUCAUCGAUCGACGCACACCGAUUAAAGUAGAUUAAAGCAAGACAAAAAAACAUCGCUCAACGAUGUCCUAAUCUCCAUUAUUCGGUUCGUAACUAACUUUUUGUCAUAUUUAGUCGAAACUUAUUGAUGUCUGAUCUGGAAAUCAGCAAAUCUUAUACUAAAUGGUAUAUACUAUGGCUAGGAUACGCAGAAAGGAUAUUAAGAAGCGAAACAAUUAGGCUAGCAUGUUUUUAGCGAAAGUGGUAUUUUUCUCAACUGGAUAGUUGAAGCUUUAAAGCGAGAAUUUAGAGUGGGUCGAGUCGGAGCAAACCAAGUUGCCUUUUUGAUUUAAUCAACCGUGUUGAUGAUUUUCCUAUUUUAGUUACCGGUUUAGGAUAAUUACACCGGCUAGGCUUGGAGCUGUUAUCGAAUUGAAUGCGUUUAUUAUUACGAGGAAACAAAGUCUAGUGAUAAAUGAUAAGUAUUGUUUAACGUGUUAAGUUUAACCAUUCAGCAAGUGGAACGUAAGCCCGGACAGCCGGGGGUCCAUUCGUUCAGGCCGAGACCAUGAAACAAUCAUACACUUAAAACCAAGCUUUAGGUGAACUGAACAGAAAACCGAAUCUAAUUUUGCAUUCCUGUCAGACGUAAAUGAAAUAGAGGCAAACCCGAUGGUCCUUGGUUUGAUUGAAUAAACAUUUGAAAUUGAGCGUUGCCAAAAUA